AUGGCUCUAGAAUGGGCAAUCUUAACCUACGCCACGUCUGCUGAAGCCAUCAUGAUCAUCCUUUUGACGAUGCCAGGACUAGACUUUCUCCGUAAGGGACUGACCGUAGUCACUCGUAAUGUCUUGAAACCGUUGUUGUCGAUCAUCCCUUUCUGUCUAUUCCUCCUCAUAGAUAUCUACUUCAAGUACGAGACUAGACCUUCAUGCGAUGGAGAUUCUUGCACCGCUACUGAGCUCCUCCGUCAUCAGAAAUCUAUCUUGAAGUCCCAACGUAACGCCCUCCUCAUCGUGUCGGCUCUGGUUUUCUACUGGAUUAUUUGCAACGUUUUGAAUAUGGUCGUCAGGAUCGAGAAGCUUAACCAGAGGCUCAGAAGGAACCAAUAG